AUACAUAUCCAAGAUAACAUCCCACUCCCUUUUUAAGUACAUUAUCCAACCAAAAAACCACCUCUGCAAUUACAAGAGCAAUCACUCUCUUUCUGUCUCUCGCUCUUCCCACCAUGUCAACAGGAAGGGACCGUCUACUGAAGAACCUGAAGAAAUUUGCUGAUUUUCAAUACAAGAUCUUCACAGCUCGAUAUGGACAACAGCUCAUUGACAUUUUCGAGUUCCCUGUUAAGCUUGUUCUCUCUCCUUUCACUCUUGCCAUUGACAUUGCUGGCUCUGCUCCACGCGGGUUUGGUUUGCCCGAGUUGGUUUCCAAGCUCUCUUACAUGUCAAUCUUUGCAGUUGCUACCCUAGGGACUUAUGACAUAGCAUUAGAGCUGGGAAAGAAGGUGAUAUGUCAGAGGAACUGUGGAACCUGCAAUGGUUGGCAGGCAUUGCGGUGUACCAUGUGUAGAGGAUCAGGGAGGGUGCACUACCAAGUGAAAAAUUACACCUUGAAAAGUGGAGAGAAGGCAACAGCUGAAUGUAUUGCAGAUGCCAUUGCUGAUAAUCGGGCUGAGUUGGUUCACCUUCCAUCCUCCAUAAAUCUUAAUGCGCCAUUACCAUCUAAAGACUGCCCGACCUGUGAUGGCACGGGUGUGAUGGGCUGUCAUGAAUGCAAGGACAAAUUACAAGUCAGAAUCUCUGCAGAUGAUAUCAUGGAGCCUCCGUGGAAAGCCUACAAUGUUUUGAGGAAGAUGGACUACCCCUAUGAGCAUAUAGUUCACAGCAUGAAAGAUCCCAGCAUCGCUGCAUUUUGGCUGUUUACCUUGCCUCAAGUUGCGGGUGGAUUCGACUUUGAUGAUGAUGUCAAGAAGAAAAUUUGGUGGCAAUACAAGGAGUCUAUGCGGUAUGAUCAACUUCGUGAUGUGGUGGCCAAGCGGAAACCUGGCUGGGAGAACUUGCAGGAAGCCUUGAUCUCCAUAGAUCCUGCUCGAGCCAGGGAAGAUCCUGUUAUUGUAAAAAAUAUCCCUUACUAUAAAGCCAAGAAAGCACUUGAAGCAGAAGUCAUGAAGCUUGAUCCUCCACCAAGGCCACAAAAUUGGGGUGAACUGGACCUUCCAUUGAAUGCAUCUUCUUGGAGCAAGGAGGAUCUCAAAAAUCCUGAAAAGUUCUAUGAAAUGACUGUUCUUCUAAAUGCUCAAAGAGAAAUUGCUGAUAAAAUUUUGGAUUCACAGUGGGAGAAUAGAUGGCGCCAACAAAGGUUGAAUGAGAUGUUGGAGGAGAAGGUACGUCCAUACAUGCAGAACAUUGACAGUGGGAUCCUCUCUCAGCCUAUUAUAUUACCAUCACAAGAUCAGAAUCAGAAGAAGACGCGACAACGGAGAUGGUGGUUCUUUUGAUGAUAGUUUCCAAAAAUUUUGAACCCAGAAAGCACCAUGGACUGCCUUGAGCUCUUUUCAUUAUGUAUGAUUUUUUGGCUACACUGCAUCGUUCCAUCCGGUGUGUAUUGCUUAUUUUAGUAAUUAAUUUCCCUUAUAACUCUCAGCUUAACUUCCUCCAUUUUUGAGGCAAUUUGGGACAAUAGUGAUGUAAAUGAGGAGCAAAUGACAAGUUUUUGAUGUCAAAUUGACAAUGCAUUCCGAAAUUUAUAGAGGAGAAAGAGUUGAAAUCCAAA